CAAUUUGGACCACAAACAGCAUCAGAAGAGACGAAUUGGAAGGAAAACAUUCUUAAGAAGGACGAACGAACAAGGAACGGUUGCGAGAGACUGGCGCAACCCGACGCUUCCAACCAUAGCCAGUCCAGUCCAUCCACCAUGGAUCCUCACGGCCUGGACCCUCGGGACCACCAACUAAGUCACAAGGCGUCGCAAGAGACCUUUAUCUCGCUUGUACAACUCGACCCAGAGCCGAUACAAGACCUUUACCAAGAUGACGGUCCCGACUUUGACCCAACAAGAGAUGCCUCGCCCUCGGAAGACGCCGCCGAAGGCGGCUCCCUAGCAAACUCGAUACAUUCUCUCAAGUCAUCCGGAUCAGGAGGGGCAGCCGGAGGUAUAGGUCUAAACACAAUGACACCACUCGGCUUAAGCGGUAGCGUAACCCGCAUUCAACGCUACUCUUCCUACACCUUCUCCCUCUUCGCCUCCCUACACCUCGCCACAACCUCCGUCAUCCCUCUCCUCGCGCGCUCCGUCCCCGCCUCCGAAUCCUACCUCCUUCUCGCGCGCGAGAUUUACCAAACGCCUCUCUCCGAACCCUUACUCGUCGCUCUUCCCAUCGUCGCACACGUUGGCGCCGGUCUGCUGGCUCGCCUACUCCGCCGCCGCGAGAAUCUUCGACGCUACUACGGCGCCGGCGACGAAAAGACACAUAUGGGCCUGGGGAUCACCAAACCGACCGCUCGCUUCUUGCGCAGCGGCUGGCCGCGCCUCAGCUGGAUUGCGCUCAGCGGGUAUGGAUUUACGGCAGUGGUGGCCGCGCACGCCUUCAUGAACCGCGGUCUGCCGCUUGUGGUGGAGGGGGACUCGGCCAACAUUGGUCUUGCGUACGUUGCUCACGGGUUUGUGCGACAUGCGUGGACGUCGUGGGCGGCUUACGCCGCGCUCCUGGGGAUCGGGUGCGGACACAUGGUGUGGGGAUGGGCCAAGUGGUUUGGUGUGUCGCAGGGCGCUGGCUGGGUGUUGGAGAGACACACGGGCGUGCCGGAGGUGGAUAGGAAGGCAAGGCGGAAGAGGAGGAGGAGGUUGAUUUGGAUCAAUGCCGUGGCAGCCGCGGCGACGGCGGUGUGGGCGGCUGGUGGACUGGGGGUGGUUGCGAGGGGAGGGGAGACACUUGGGUGGGUGGGUAAGGUUUAUGAUGGGUUGUAUGACAAGGUGCCGUUGUUGUAG